CCUGGUAUAUUUUGUAUUUGUCAGUUGGGUUGCAUAAUUGAGAAUCGAGGCGUUGACCAGAGAUAACCAAAGUUGAUUCAUCAAAACACCAAAAUGCCUGCCUAUCACUCCAGUUCGUUUGAAUACCAACAAUCGAUCGGAAACACAGCGAUUUUACCGUUUCGCACCCAGUUCAGGGGUCCAGCCCCACAGUGUUUGCCACAGGACACCCAGGAUAUAAUUGAUGAAUCCAUAUAUUACUUUAAAGCUAACGUGUUCUUUCGCACGUACGAAAUCAAAUCCGAAACUGAUAGACUACUGAUCUACAUUACACUGUACAUCACUGAGUGCUUGAAGAAAUUGCAGAAGUCUGCAACCAAGUCGCAAGGUCAAAAUGAAAUGUAUUCCUUGGCAAUUUCUCGCUUCGAUAUACCAGGAGAUGCUGGGUUUCCAUUGAACUCUGUGUAUGGAAAGCCUGAGACUGCUUCUGAAGCUGAAUUUUUCAGAACUUAUCUGACCCAGUUGAGACAGGAAAUUGGUUUGAGGAUUUGCGAUAAAGUCUUUGGGGAAGAUGGGAAACCCAGCAAAUGGUGGUUGUGUUUCUCCAAAAAGAAGUUCAUGGAUAAAUCAUUGAGCGGACCCGGACAGUGAAUAAGAUUUUAGAAAAUAUAAGUUACUUUUUGUUCCCUUCUCCCUUCUUUUGUAAUAAUAAAUUUAAAAAAUUUA